AUGAAUACAUAGUUAAAAGCGAAAUGGUAUUUAAAAACCAAACAAAUGAAUAAAAUAUUUGUUUCAUAAAUGAUAAAAUAAAAAGUCAAUUAAUAAUAAAAUAGAAACCUAUAGAUAAAAAAUAGUAAUAAUAAGAGAAGAGAUUAAGAGUUUAGAAUAGAGAGAUGACAUCUCUAGUAUAAAAAGAUAGUUUUAUUAAAGCUAAUUAAAAUCUGAACUAGUUAAAAAACUUGAAAAAAUAGGAAAAGCAUAAAUUGUAUAGAUACCUCAUAUGAAUUAAAAUUUAGAAAUAUCAAAUCCUGAAUUAAUGUUAUAUGUAUUAAGAGAGUCUUUAGAAUAGGAUUAAAAUAGAAAACACUUAAUUACAGAUUGUGAAGAUUCUUGUGGUUUAGAAUCUUUGAUUAGUGUAUAUGGAAAUGAUUAAGAAUGUUUAAGUUUUAGAUCAAGUGAUAUUGAAUAUGAAACAUUCUGUAAUGAUUAAGAAUAUAGAAAUUCAUACAUUAGAACUUUUUAAGAGAAGGUCUCUUAAAUAUUUGAAGUUCCUUCUAGUGAUAUUGAGAUAUUAAAGGAAGUAGUAUAUUAAGAUUUACAAGAAAUGGUAGAUCAGAAAUUGAAAAUAAUUAAGAAGCAAUUAAUUUUUUAGAAAAUGUAUGUGGUGGACAAAUUAGUUUUUAUAAUGAUUUGGUUAAGGCUAAUGAAAAUUAUCAUUAAAGUAUUUCAUUAAAUGAUUUUGAUCCAAGAUAUAAUAUGUCUUGGAACAACUUUCCUAAAAAAGAGAUUAGAGGUCCAAAAAACAAUCAAUAUGAUUAUUAUUUUCCUAAAGAUAGUUAUGGAUUUGUGUUAAAUAUCAAUAAUCUUAAAAAUAAAGGUAAUAAUUUGAAUUA